AUGUCCGUGCUGUCAGAGGCCGAGUCGGCGUCGCUCGCCAACCACCCGCCACCGACACCGCUUACGGAGCGCUCGCUGCGCAACUUUGACGCUGCGAACACUGAGGUUCCGGUAGCUCUCGGGCUCAAGCUCGGCGCCAUGGCCGAGAGCGCCAGCGACGCGCGCGCAAGUGUCGGCUCACAAGCCCUAGGGGAGCCACGCUCGCCACUCACGCAGGUGUUUGACUGGGGCGCGCAGCGCGAGCUGGCUCUCAAAGCCCGUCUCGACGCCGCGGCCGGGAUCAUGCCUACAGAGUCGCCAGGAGUAAGGCUUCGAGAAGCCGCUGAGGACUCAGAGAUCCCCACGCCGCCGCGCUUCGUGCCCGCCGCAGGCAGCUGGAAGAGAGGCACAUUCGGGCCCAUGACCUCAUCGUCGGCAAGCACGAGCGCGGCAGGCAGCGACAAGCAGAGCGGCGAGUCGGACCCUACGCUCGUGAGCCAACUGGAGCAGACGACACCCGAGGCGUCCCCCAUCGACCCCAACUCGCUCAUGUCCCCCGUGUCGCCGGACAGCGCAUACUCGAACUCGGGCGAGACGGCGCCGCACUUUCCGUCCGCGAGUACUUCGAGACUCGUCGCGGGGAUGCUGUCGCCAUUACCCGAGUCGCCUGUGGACCGCACCGCCCUCUUGUCCCCCGUAUCGGUAGACAGCGCGUACUCGCAUUCAGCCGAGACGGCGAUCCACUUCACCGAGAGCAACACCAGUCUUCCGCCCGCGUUUUUAUCGACGCUGCCCGAGGCAUCCAGUAUCUGGGUCACGACACCAGCGAUCACCCUCACCGACCCAUCAAGCUCAACAGCAAUGCUAGCACACACGGCGAGCAGACGGCGGGCGCCGCAGUUCAAGCCCUCGCUGCAGCCUGUCUACGCGGAUGUCGGGCACGGACGGGCGGAGAGCACAGGCCGGUACCCCGUCGCGUACCACCACGGGUCGAUAGGCGGGCAGAUUGUGCGCGAGCGGGACGGCAGCGGCGGCUCGGGAGCCAGCACCCCCGCGUCGGACGCGCCAGAGGUGGCCACCAUCGCCGAGCGUACCAGACGGCGCUGGAGCGGCGGAUCGCGCCAGUGGCGGGUGGUUGAGUAG